GCUCGCGUCUUGUUCUUCCACCUUCGCGAUGGCAGCAGCACUUGAAAGACAGAGCCUAGUAAAGCUAUGCUCAGGAGAAACAUAUGAGAAAGCACAGGCGAUUCUACGACUUACAAAAGUCAAGACUGGGGUUGGCACUGGAUAUCUCGUCGCUCAUCCAAGUGCACUCCCAGGAAUUUGCGCGUAUCUCGCGUCAGAAGAACUGAAUAAUAACGAAGUGUCACAAAAGGCCGCGGUCGCGAGCGCUUGCAUCAGUCAAAAUGACUUUACAAAAGCUUUGAGUAUUGUGCGGCAAGCACUUGGCUCGACAGCGCAACAACACACGAGGGAUCUUGAUUACAGGUCGCUCAUUAGCACCUACCAUGUAGCGCCGGCCGAAGAGGCCUUGGAUUGGAUGCACGAAGCAGAAAGCAGUAUCCCCAAGAUCAUGGAGGUUCAGGGGGUGCAAGAAAAGUCACUCUGUCAAAACCAUGGCGUCCGUCUACCUGCGUUCAAAUCUGUUAUGAAGGCCCUCGACAAGGAAUGCGAUGCAGUCGCCGGCCGCAUCAAAUCUGAGCUACAAGAAAUGAAAUUUUCUGAGGCGCCUUCGAAACUCCGGACUCGCCCUUCUACUUCGCCACAGAAAUCUCCAUCCAAAUCCGCUAUGAAAGCCAAAUCACGGGAUGUCACGCCAGCGAAGCCCCUCACAUUAAAACGUGCUGUGGUGGCCUUUUCCCACAGCAUCGAUGAUCCCGAUGACACCCUAUUGCCUGAGACCCCGACUAAAAGACGUCGGGUUGAGUCACCUUCCAAACCUAGCGGAAGCGUUUUAACGCCCGCAAAACGUACCAGGGCGCCACAAAGUGCCACACAUUCCGUAACUGCGUUUGAGCAGGCUGUCAGGGGAGAUUCUACACCACGCCACGAACAGCAAAAGUCUGCGUUUCCCAUUGCCGUAUCUAUUGGCUCACACUCCUCAUUGCCUGGUCCUUCUACGCCGCGGCGCUCGCGAAACCAACCAUCUAGACUAGUUGAAGAGUCGGCCACCAUGGAAGUUGACGAACAACGAUCGGCGCCUGCUGGGCCUCCUGUACGCAAACGUUUCCGACCAGUGUUCCUGGACCAGCGACAGUGGUGCAGUCGAGACCCAAAACUUGCCAAGAUCUGGGACGCCGCCAUAGAGCAUAGGACGCGGAUGAUGGGGUUGUAUCCGCAUCCAUUUGAGCAGUAUCGCCCUGUUGUUACCUCCUGAGUCGUGUGACCUUGGCUCAUUCCCGAUAUCAUCACAAUCCUAGAUCAUAAUUGCUAUACUUUGCCAUCCACUUUCGUGUCUAGAAGUACAUAUAUCCGUCCAUUUUACAUGAGUCAUUUCUUGAUUUUCGCAGAGAAUAAAACUUGUUCUGUGCCUGUUGUUACUAUUCACCUGUACUGGCGCAGAAUGAUGAUACUGUGAACAUUUUUUUGACAACUAUGCAUUGACUCUACGCAGACCAACUCUGAAUGCGUUAGCGGGCGCUCAU